CAGCUUAUGUCUCAUUAUUUAGCAUUUCAUUUAGAGCUCACUUUUCAUUUAUUUACGAAAGUAAGACGUUCCGUUUCGUUCAGUUUCGAUUCUCUCUUCUCAAGUUGAACGUCAAAAAUAUUUCAAAAAUUAUGUGGAAGUACACAGUUUUUAUUAUCUCUCUUACGGCAAUUGCCAUUUGUGCUGAAACUGAGGAUGAAAAUACACUAAAAUGUCUUGUGAAUCAUCUCAAAUCAAGAAAUGUUCAAGAAAGUUUCUUUGACUCAAUAUCAAACAAAUUCUCAACACCUGUUGAUUGUCCAACCUUAAUUAAUGGACGAUUGGAAAGAGCACACAACAAAUUGGAAACAAAGCUUAAAUCAGAUGCCAAUUUUGCAAAAUAUGCUGACUGCAUUAUGACAAACCUAAAGAGAAAUGAUGCAAAUACGGAAAUUAUGUUGCGUCGAGAGGCAAUUAAGUUAAAUGGAGUUGGAGUUCAAAUAUGGAAUUAUUUCAAUCAGAAGGAAUAUUUGGAUAAAUUGAAGAAGGAAGUGGAGAACAACAUCAAUACCACAUAUAGAUCUAAAUGCGCAUAAAUAUGACUGUAACAUUAUUGACAUUCAAAUAAAGGACAUUUAAUGCUGUUCUAUGAGCGCCCUCGUAUGUCAAGAUUUGUUUGAACAGCUAAUGGACAUGUCAAUAAAGUAUCCAAUUUUAAGUCGGAUUUUGAUGUAUUAUUGUGUCAUUAUGAAAGACUUUCCCUUGCUUUUUAUUCUUCUAAUAUUCUAGUUCAAUGUUUGCUCUUUAAAUGACAAAUAAUGAAGUAAAUGAAUCGAGACCAUAAAACGAGAUACAGCACAGAAGUGAAGAAUUAACUUUAAAGAGAC